CUGGCGAGAAGACACCUCGGAGGCACGGGCUGCGACCGUGGCAGGGGCCGGGAGCGCAGCCCGCCGAGGGGCAGCCGGCCGCUAACUGCAGCGGUCCCCCAGCUCUGGACAAAAGCACCCAUCCGCGCCGCCACAUUGCUCUGGGUGACCUUCGCUGGGUGCAGAGUCCGCCCCUGCGCGCGUCCUCCUCCGAUGCUCUGAAGGCCCAGGGGCUGCGCUCCGAAGCCGAGGGAUGUCCGGCUGCAUCCGCGCGGGGCUCGCCUUUGUUUGCGCGUAACGGGCAGAGGCCGCCGAGGAUUCAUCUCUGCUUCAAGCCAGCACCUCUCCUUGGUUCUCAUGGGGACCACUGAAGCCACGCUCCGGAUGGAAAAUGUGGAUGUGAAGGAAGAAGGGCAGGACGAAGCUCUUCCCAGGCCACUCCCGGAAGAGACGGGGAUGGACCCACUUGGCAGCCCCGCGGAAGACACGUCCUCCCCUCCCAACACGCUGAACUUCAACGGAGCUCAUCGGAAGCGGAAGACACUGGUCGCCCCGGAGAUCAACAUCUCCCUGGACCAGAGCGAGGGUUCCCUGCUGUCUGAUGACUUUCUGGACACCCCCGACGACCUGGACAUCAACGUGGACGACAUCGAGACCCCCGACGAGACCGACUCGCUGGAGUUUCUGGGGAACGGCAAUGAGCUGGAGUGGGAAGAUGACACCCCCGUGGCCGCCGCCAAGAACAUGCCCGGGGACAGCGCAGACCUGUUUGGGGAUGGUGCUGCGGAGGAUGGCGGUGCCACCAAUGGGCGCCUGUGGAGGACAGUGAUCAUUGGAGAACAAGAACACCGAAUUGACCUGCACAUGAUCCGGCCCUACAUGAGGGUAGUGACCCACGGAGGGUACUAUGGCGAAGGUCUCAACGCCAUCAUCGUGUUUGCUGCCUGCUUCCUCCCGGACAGCAGCUCCCCCGACUACCACUACAUCAUGGAGAACCUCUUCCUGUACGUCAUCAGCAGUCUGGAACUGCUGGUGGCCGAGGAUUACAUGAUCGUCUACCUGAACGGAGCCACGCCCCGGCGGAGGAUGCCCGGCAUCGGCUGGCUGAAGAAGUGUUACCAGAUGAUCGACAGGAGAUUGCGGAAAAACCUGAAGUCCCUCAUCAUCGUGCACCCCUCCUGGUUCAUCCGCACGGUGCUGGCCAUCUCCCGUCCCUUCAUCAGCGUCAAAUUCAUCAACAAGAUCCAGUACGUGCACAGCUUGGAAGAUCUGGAGCAGCUCAUCCCCAUGGAACAUGUGCAAAUCCCAGAGUGCGUGCUUCAGUACGAAGAGGAAAGGCUCAAGGCCAGGAGAGAGAGCGCCAGGCCGCAGCCAGAGUUCGUCCUGCCCAGGUCCGAGGAGAAGCCAGAGGCGGCCCCGGCGGAGAGCAGAUCUGCGCCAGGUACAGAAGAUCAGGAGACGAGCCUGUCCUGAGGUGACAAGAAUACAGAGCAGGACAAGAAAGAAGAUUCUAGAUGCCAAGAAAUCUCUGUCAGACGCCCUCCGGCCCUGGACCUCAUCCCCCCCUCAUCCUGAGUCCCCGUCUUCGGAGGAUGCCAGUCUCCAUCCUUCUCUGAAACCCAGCCUCCUUUUUAGCUGCUUGAGAAUGUUUUGUUUUGUUUUAAACAACGCGGUAUUAGUGUGUUCCAGAAAAGGACCCAGUCCUCAGCCCUCCACCCUUCCACGCUCAUGAGCUCACGGCCAAGAAGAGCAAGAAGCUCAGGGCAUGGCCCGGGUGUCCUUGAUGGCUUCAGAGACCCCCUCCCACUGCACAAAGUCCUGAUUCAAGACCCUUCUCUUGCUUGUCACCUGGCCCACUUUGGAGCCACCAAUGCCCACCGGCUCCCUGGCCGGAUCUGGAUCUGUUCUUGU